AUGUACUCUUCCAUCAAUAGUGCUACCAAUCCUUUUCCAAACCUUUCCUCUUCUCCUUACAACCCCUCGCCUUACAUUACUGACCAUGAAACUAGUGAUAUUUUCUUUUACCGCCACCAAGACCCACUCACAAUUCCUUUAAUCCCAACUAUCCCAAUACCAGCCACUGAGACCGAGCUGAACAUGGCAGCUUCAAGCAACGCCAUGAUGUCUAAACUAGAUGUUCAUGCUCUCAACGCAGAACAACACACCCCUUCUCAUAUUCUUGGUGGAAAAGGAUCUGUGAAAAAAGAUAGGCAAAGUAAAAUCUACACAUCUCAAGGCUUGAGAGAUAGGAGAGUGAGAUUAUCUAUUGAAAUCGCCCGUAAGUUCUUUGAUCUCCAAGACAUGUUAGGGUUUGAUAAAGCAACCAUUAAAGAACUAUCACAGAAUGGAGGUGUGAAAAGUUUAUCUUCUACUUCACAAUAUUGUGAAGUUGUUUCUGAAACUGGUGACCUAGAGGAGAGAGUACCUUCAAAGAGUGAGCCACUAACCGGUCUUUCUGAUGAGAAAAUUAGGAUGAAGAAGUUGCAAAACACAGCAGUCAAUCUUCUUGCUAAAGAGUCAAGGGAAAAGGCUAGAGAAAGAGCAAGGGAAAGGACUAGAGUGAAAAUGAGCACUAGAAGGCUCCAUGCGCCAAAAAAAUUUCCUGACUCUAGCCCUAGUUGCUUGAACCAGCUAUGGUCCUUGAACCAACAAAUCGACAGUCAUGAUCAAGUUGAAGGUCCAAGCUCUCACUACUCAUUUGCCAAUCAAUCGCCUAAAGGAAACAUCAUCGAAGAAUCGAUAGUGAUCAGGAGGAAGUUUAGGCCAUCUGCAACAAUGGGUUAUCAGCAAAACCUUCUAAUGUUAAAAGAUGCAAGGAUCAACAGGUACUGGGACUCCAUAAGGACGUUACUGUCUCCUUUUUCGGGUCCCUUUCCCUUUUGGAGUUCGAAUAUGAGAACUUCGGCUAUAAACCAA